AGUGCGGUGUUGGUUAUUGGAGAGGCGCGCGGUCACCGGUACGCAUUUCAGCAGAGCAGCGCGCGCAGGAUGGCCGAGAGUCACGGCGAGACCAGCGGCCAGGACCGGUCACCGGUACAAAACAUCAACCACAGAUCCUCCAAGUGGGUCCGUUUGAACGUCGGUGGCACGUAUUUUCUGACCACCAGACAGACGCUAUGCAGGGACCCCAAAUCAUUCCUGUUCCGGCUGUGCCAAGCGGAACCAGACCUCGAUUCUGAUAAGGAUGAGUCCGGGGCGUAUUUGAUUGACAGGGAUCCCAUGUAUUUCGGGCCUGUGCUGAAUUACCUCAGACAUGGGAAGCUGGUCCUCAACAAGAACCUGACGGAGGAGGGAGCUCUUGAAGAAGCCGAGUUUUACAACAUCACAUCAUUAAUAAAACUCAUCAAAGAAAAGAUCAGUGAAAGAGAAGGCAAGAGGACACAUACGCCAGUCAAGCAUGUUUACAGAGUGUUGCAGUGUCAAGAGGAAGAACUUACUCAGAUGGUCUCGACCAUGUCAGACGGGUGGAAGUUUGAGCAGCUUGUCAGUGUAGGUUAUGGGCGGGCCCAGAAGUCAGAGUUUUUCCUGAUUGUGUCUCGAGAGGUGAAGGGGGAGGAGUCAAGCCAAACUCACCCCGCCCACAUUGGAGAGUUGGUCAGUAUCGGAUCCUCCUAUAACUAUGGUAAUGAAGAUCAGGCGGAGUUCUUGUGUGUUGUUUCUAAAGAACUGCACAACCAAUCAUACAGCAGCAACACUCAACACAGUGAGAAAGCCAAGAUUCUACAGGAGCGCGGUUCUAGAAUAUGAUGAUCUAGAGCUGCCAUGUUUAGAGAUGCAUCAAUUCUUUCUAGAACAUUCCAUGAGCUUGUUCUCUUCACGCCUCGAGAGCACUGGACACCUGACGCACGCAAGCAGCACAAGAAGAGCACGUCCACUGUAAUCCAGUCUUUAUGGUGCCUGUUAAUCUGAAUUUAAACAA